AUGUUGAAGAGGAAGGACUUACUCAUUGAAAAUUUAAAGAAGAAACUUGCCAGCGAACAACAAAGAAACAGAAGACUGAAACAUAGAAUGAUACAAAAGAAGCAAGCACUGACACCAGAAAACCGUGAUACCUGUGCUUGUGUUAUUCAUGAAAACAUCAAUUUGAAGUUAGGUGCCUUAAAAAAUGCAAACGUUCUUGACUUUGCCACAUAUCAAACUGCACUGGAAACAAUUUGCCGUGAUCGUUACUCGGAAAAAUGCUUAGCGAGAACUUGCCAGGACUGCUCAUUGAAAAUUUUACCAUAUAAGGAGUUUGAUAAUAGUAAGGACAUGGCAGUCAAACAAUGGAAGCAUAGCAAGGAAUUGAUUAAGGACAUUAAAACUAAACAGGAUAGAUACGUCACAAAGUAUAAGAAAGAGAUAUGCAAUUCAAAACCUCGUGAUUUAGUUAUGCAAUUAGAAGAGAGUGAUCUUCCAAAAUUAUUCCAACAUGAACAGAACAUCGUUCAUCAAUAUAAAACUAUUAAAUCUUUGAAAGAGUCACUUACAGAAAAGGAUGCAGUAAUUCACAUGGACUUCUCAGAAAACUACACAACUAAAUGCAACCAAGAAAUUCAGUCGUAUCAUUUUGGCGGCACCAGCACUCAAAUUUCUUUGCAUACAGUGGUGGUUUACACAAAGGAUAAAAAUCCGAGAUUUCUAUCCACUGGCUAUAAAAUAUACGUGGAAUUUUCCAUGAGGCGGGACAUGGGAAAGAGAGGUGACAUUACGAACUUGUACGACUUUGUAGCUGUGCUUCGAGAAAGGUGUCCAAAUAUAAAUAUCUCUGUUAUCGAAGAUGUCGAUAUAGAAAAAGUUAACAAAAAGAUCAAGGAACAUGAGAAGAGCAGAAACCGUUUAAAGGAACUCUCUUGGUGCAUCAAGUCUCGGGUCAUAUUUAUAACCCUAAUAAACUUGUCUUGA